GCCGUUAAGAUAGAUGCCUUGUUAGUCAGCAUCAAUUACUGCCUACUUCCGCAUCAGCCUCUUCACUGAUAUUCGCGUAUGAUUAUUAUGGAGAAGGAUUACCGCAUCAUCUAAUUUUUAGCGGCUCCCCUGGAAUACUGACCAUCGACAUCUUUUGCGUGGCCUGUGCAGCAGUACUCCGUGACCGUUGUCCCAUCUAUCUGGCAGUUCCGACUUUCGACACAGCCUUCAUCUGAUCCGCGGAUCGCCAACUGGUGUAGCCGCAACAGCGCCAGAUUGCCUUCUAUUAUUUGUUGGCGUCGACGGACCUUCGUGACUGUCCCGUGUGCAGAAUGCCCAGCAGGAGGAGUCCGCUCUCGUCCUCGUCCGUGUCGGCGCGCCGACGGCUGCCGGCCUUCCUUGCCCCUUUCCUCAGCAAUCGCCGGAGCGCCGCGCUCCUUGCUAUUCUCCUUCAGAUGCUCAUGCCGGCACUGAGCAAGGCUGAAUUCAUUGACAAGGUGGAAUGCGAGAAGGACAAGAUGCUGGUGUAUAUUAACGAGCGCAAAGUCCAGGAGGAAUUCCCCGGGGUCACCGUGGACCGCUAUACGGUUUACGUGAAUAACUUUAAGGACAGCUGCAAGGAUGAUACCGGCGCCAUCAGGUUUGUUAAUAGUACGAGCGGCAACCUGAUGUCCAAACGCUUCGUGGUGUGGCUCAACGGGCAGUGCGGCAUCGACAGCGCGUCCGACAACACGAUGGGUCUGCACAAGGAGUGGCUAGUCUACCAGACCACCAUCCGGCUGGAGGCCCUCAACCCGCGCCCCACCGACGGCCGCGUCCUGGAGCAGCGCGUCAAGUGUGUCUACUCCACGUCGCAUCAGGCCGUUGCCGCUUCCAACAAACUCAUCGUCAACGACGCUCCGGGCGGCAACUUUGACCGGCAGUCCGCGGUGUCCGGCGCCGGCACCGUGGAGGGCAGCGCCCCCUCCGUGGAAGACUUCAUCGAGUUGUUCUUCGCCAACAGCGACCCGCAGUUCACGCCCAUGACGGAGGCCACCAUCGGCGACACCGUGCGCAUCGUCCUGCGCAUGACCACCAACGUGGCCUACUCCACCAUGAAGCCCGAGUUCUGCAUCGUCUCCAAUAAACCGUACAGCAACCGCAACGAGCCGGACUUCCGCGAACUCAUCCUGGUGAAAGACGGGUGCAGCAUCGACUCCAUCCCGCCGCUGAUCCCCAAGAUGGUGUACCGCGCGGCGUUGUCCACCGGCGAACCGGAGAUGUACUACAGCAAAUUCGUCAUGUUCCAAAUGGGUGACUUCAAUGAGCUACACGCCAUGUGCAAUGUCCGCCUGUGUAUCACCAACGCGGAGGCCGCCUGUGACACACAAUCGCCGCGAGGCUGUUUCGAGUCGGUCAGGAGAAAGCGUUCGGCGCCGUACGCGGAAGCUCAGAACGGCCGCAUCGUUACGGUUAGCACGCACGGCUUGGCCAACGCCAACGUCACCGCGGAGAACUCGGAUGUCCUGACGGUUAGCGGGAAACUCAUCAUCCACAAUGGCGACUCCACUGCCAACGCAGUGCACCAGCUGAGCCAGUUCUGCUUCCCCACGAUAACCUUCUCGGUGCUGGCCGCCGUGCUGGCCUGGUUCUUCGUGCUGGCCUUCAUCGCCACGGUGUGUCUGGCCUAUCUGCUCAAGCGGGAGAAACAGCGGACGCACUACUUCCACACCAAGUACGCCGGCUCCGACUGCUCCUAAUUUCCCGCUGUCCCGGCCCGGCUGCCAUGCGGUCCGGGGGCUUUUCCUCUACUUCCCACUGCCGGUGUCGACCGCGGCUGCGGUGCGGCCGCGCGACGCUGUGCAGUCCCACAUAAUCUCAACGAUGCGGAGUAUUGCAGUUUUUUGGGGGGAGCGAUAUGUGUGUGCUCUGGUUGUUUGAUAUGGCGCGUACUCGGUUCGGCUCUGUAAUUUAAAUUAACCUUGAUCUAUGUUUUCCCCUAGCGUGAUUUUUAUAAUUGCCGUUUGUAGUCUGUUUUCUACCAAAUCGGCUUGAUUGUUACUGAACUCGCAGCGAAUUCCUGUAUUAUAUUAUGCUUAAUUAAUUCAGCGCUAUAUUGUACUGUAUAUAUGUUUCUUGCUUCGUGCCGGUU